AUGGUUGACAGUCACAGCAGUCGCAAGGUUUGCAUAAAUGUGAGUAAGGAUAUGUUAAAAGAUUAUGUAUCGCGUAAUGUUGAUGUUUUAGUUGAAGAAACUCCUGCAAGUUAUAACGCAACUUAUAUUUUUGAAUCACAAUUUGCCCUAAAUUCGCAUGUUAGAAAUACACAUACCAUCAUUACUCCAUUUCUUCAAUUAUGA